UGACGACCAGAAUUAUCUGGCAGUUGGCGUUGACAGCAACCUAAUAACGAAUCAAGGAACGACUUUGUAUGAUAUAGUGACAUCAGAUGCUUUUAGUAUUCUGACCCGGUUCAUUAAUGACGACGAUGAACUUAAAGAGACUCUGAGUGACGAAGAUGCAGCUUUGACGUUUUUUGCUCCGAUUGAUAAGGCUCUUGAAUGCCUCAAAGACAAGAAAAUUCCCAAGGAGGUUAUUCGACUAAACUCAUCCGGACUCAACGACACACCUCAAAAAGUUCGCGUUAGCGGCUGGAUUCGCAGUACUUAUAUCAACUGGUCAAAAAUUAAGAUUUACCAUCUCGCAGCUGGCAAUGGUCAUGCUUACGGAAUUGAUCAUGUUCUCAUCCCACCUCCAGAUAUUAUGACCGAACUAUUCAUUAUUCCAACAUUUUUCUCUACUCUAACAUCGGCAUUACAGAAAGUUGGCUUGGCUGAAACUCUUGAAACGUCUAAAGCUAUCACGGUGUUCAUUCCAUCUAAUCGUGCCUGGGCUAAAUUAGGGUUUCGCAAUCUUGCAUAUUUGUUCAGUCCGCAUGGAAAGGAUGUUCUGACUACCAUUCUCAAAUAUCAUAUCUCGCCAGAGUUGGCUUAUAGUACUGAUCUGAUAGAAGAUAAAGAAUUAUUCGGCGGCAUUCCUGGCAAGCGCCACACCGAAUUGGAUACUCUAGUAAAGAUAACUGUCAACGGCGUGAGAGUAUUGUUCAAAGAUUUCAUUGCUAAUAAUGGGGUUGGACAUACAAUUGCGAGGGUCCUCUUGCCACCUACUACUAACCUGUACCUGCCUGACGACGAUUAUCAGACAAUUAAAGAUGGAAGUGAACUAAUGGCAGAGAUUGACGUUAAUGAGGAAAAUGAGAAACUUCUCGAACUAAAACGCAAGUCAGAGAAACACGAGUCAAAAACCGAACACGAUGUGACAAGAGGACCAGUAUAA